AUGCUUGCUGGUUGGCUGAGAAUGAUGUAAGACAGGUUCAUGGGACAGGUACUGGGAAGGAAGGGUUGACUGGAAUGAUAUGAAUAAGGAUGUCGUCGCUGUGAGAACAGUAGCCACCAUGUCCUCGCUUACCAAUAAAGCCAAGACCCUGCUGGAGUCCAAAAAGGGUUUUCCUGCUUUCAUGAAGAAGUACCUCAUCCUCAUCAUCUUCUGCAUAGUGGUUUGUCUUCUUAACGCCUGGCUGAGAGCAACCUGGUCUCCAUUGGCUUCCAUCUUCUCCAGCUCCAACCACACCACCAAACUCCAACCCAACUUGACCGUCCUGCUGUGGUACUGGCCCUUUGGCAUCCCAGAGGACCUCCACGGGGACGUGUGCUGGGACCUCUACCGCAUCCCAGGCUGCAGAGUCGUGACGGAAAGGUCUUUGUUUUCAGAGGCGGACGUGGUGGUGUUCCACAACAAAGAACUGGUGAUUAAACGGGAGAAACUGCCGAUGGAGCUCCCCAGGCCGCCGGGCCAGAGGUGGGCUUGGCUGUCCCUGGAGUCCCCUGCCCUCAACGGAGACGUGAAGGGAUUAGGGGGGGUCUUCAACCUCACGGUGAGCUACAGGAGGGAUGCAGAUGUCAGCAUUCCAUACGGUGAGCUUCUACCACGAGGACCUGAAGAUGUAGUGGAGGACAACCUACAGAAUAAAACCGAUCUGGUCUGCUGGGUGGUCAGCAACUACAGGCUUUCCCACACAAGAACCAAACUGUGCAAAGAACUCACGACCAUCAUCCCUUUGAAGGUCUACGGAAGACUCACCACUCCUCUCAAGCCGGAAGAACUUCUUCCCACCCUCUCUCGCUGCUACUUCUACUUGGCUUUCGAGAACUCCCUCUCCAAAGAUUACAUCACCGAGAAGCUGUGGAGGAAUGCUUUUCAAUCCGGGGCGGUUCCGGUGGUCCUGGGAGCGCCGUUGCAAGAUUACAAAGAUGUGGCGCCUCCUCACUCUUUCAUCCACGUCGACGAGUUUGCUUCGGUGAAAGAGCUGGCAGAGUAUCUGCACAAUCUGGCGGGCGACCCCGAGCGCUAUGGCGAGUAUCUGCGAUGGAGGACAGACUGGAAGGCAAAGACUGACGACAGCUAUCGCUGGGUACUGUGUCAGGUCUGCGCGCAGUACCACAGCUUCCCUCAGCACAAGGUCUACGCUGACCUGGCAGCCUGGCAAGCCGAGACUACGGUCUGAGCUUGCAGCGUACACAAGAACACAGGAGGAACCUCUGGAGUCCAUCGUUAGCAUCCAGGAAAUAUUUGUUCCUCGUCACAAAAAAUGUGUAAUGUGGGCGCUCCCAUUGUUUUCACACCACGAUAACUGUACGUUACUGAAAUAUUGUGUUAAAUAAUAAUAACUUGUAAUAUAAUCAUAAAAUAAACAGGUGGAGGAGAUGCUAGAAGAGUGGAGGUUUGUCCUGGAAAGGAGAGGAAUGAAAAUUAGCUGCAGCAAGACGGAGUAUAUGUUUGUGAAUGAGGCGGACCCAAGUGGAAGAGUGAGGUUACAGGGAGAAGAGAUACAGAAGGCGGAGAAUUUGAAGUACCUGGAGUCAACAGUCUAGAAGAAUGGAGAUUGUGAUAAGGAGGUGAAGAAGCGUGUGCAGGCAGGAUGGAACAGGUGGAGAAAAGUGUUUAGAAGAGUUUCAGCUAAAAUGAAAGGACAGGUAUACUUAACUGUGGUGAGACCAGCCAUGUUGUUUGGUCUAGAGACAGGAAGCAGAACUGGAGGUAGCAGAGAUGAGGAUACUGACGUCCACAUUGGGAGUGACCAGGAUGGAUAGGAUCAGGAAGGAGUACAUCAUAGCGACAUUACAUGUUAGAGGCCUUGGAGAUAAAGUCCUUUAGGCCAGACUGAGAUGGUUGGGACAUGUCCAGAGGAGAGAUAGUCAAUAUAUUGGUAGAAGGAUGCUGCCAGGUAGGAGGCGUAGAUGAAGACCAAAGAGGAGGUUUAUGGAUCUAGGAGGUGGAGUUGGGUGAGCUUUCAAAGCAGGAUAUCCGGGACUAGUGUUAAAGGCAGAACGGGAGUCGGCACACAGUCGAGGUGCUAGGACUUUUCCUGAUGCCCUGAUGGUACUGGGACUAGUAUCCUGUGCAGACCAGUUGGCAGACAUUUUCUUGUUUGUUCCUUGACUUUGUUUGUUCCUUCUUAAUAAUUCUAGAACCGUGGCUCCGACUUUUCCGAUGAUGAAAACAUUAGCGAAAAUUGCAAAGGGGGAGAUCUGUUGUUCAGGAAAAUGUGGAUCUAUUCCAGUUUGCUUUUCCGUCAGGCAAAGGGGGAGUACUGUCGCGAUCCUUAAGUUAGCCUGUGGGAAAAGUUGGUGCUGGAAGGAAGCUAUACAUUCCAGCCUCAGGUGGAUGUCGUAUAUUAAAAAAUCUCAUCAGAGGUUGUAUUUUUAUUGUAACCUUUGCAGUUU